AUGCUUUCGGGAGGAAGUAUCAAGAGUUUUAGACAUUGUCAACAACAGUUUCCUGUUGAAAAGCUUCAUAUCCUGCUGCUCAAAUCAUUUUUCCUUCUCAAAUCAGGUGUCGUCAACAACGUAAAAGGAAUUGAUGCUAUAAGCCCGUCUUCUAAAGAUGACUUCACAGAGUUUGAAAAGUUGUUAAAAGACAAGAUAUCACCUUUCCAGAGUUCAAAACACUAUUCCGGCUUCCUGGAGUCCUUGUUUCGAGACCUCUGUCUCUCAUUGGAGGUGGAAGACUUGAAAAGAGUCAGCAACUCCCUCACAGUCUUACUAAGUGAGAAACAGAAACAGGAAAAGCAGCUGAAUAAAGGAAAGAAGAAGAAGAAAGGCCUGGUUUCUGCCGGAGGGAUGAAGUCCAAGAUGAAGGAUGACCUAGCGGACUACGGCGAGUUCGAUGGAGGUUACGUACAAGACUUCGAGGACUUCAUGUGACGUGACACCAACCGAGUGCUGCGUCUCAAACGGCACCCUGUUCCCUAUGUAGAACCCUUUUUAUAUAGGGGAUAGGGUGGCAUUUAGUAGGCUUCCACUGUCUGUCCCCCAUUCCCUCUCCACUCUGCUCCACCCAACCCCCUCAGAGCAUGACUAAAGAUUGAUUACUUCUAGUUGUAAGGAGGGUAAUAUUGCCCUGAACAUCCUUCCCCCUGCAAUAUUUGAAUUUUCCAGGAAAAUAAUACA